AUGAGGAUCGACACGGUCAUCAAACCCAAGAACCCACUCGACAUACCCGAGAUCCAUGCCCUUGUUGCCACAUAUCUUGCCCGCAGGGAUCUUGUCAUCUGCUUGCGCGUCUCGCGAGGCUGGUUCAACUAUUUUGUCGGCCCUGUCUGGCACACUAUCGACAUGGUCAAGGAUAAGAAAUUUGCUGCCAUUGGUCCUCAAGUCCUCCACACGUACGGUCGCUGUAUCCGUGAAGUGUUCAACAUCCUCACUUUCGACCAUGUCAAGACCUUGCAACACCCAAAGGUGGAUUCUGUCGUGACGGCCAGUAUCACUAACCUCAUCAAGCCGUUGGACCGGCUUCUUGAGUUGGACUUUAUUCGACGCUGUAAUGCUACACUCACCGAGCUGGACUUUCGCGGACAAGCGCCGCAAUCUAAUUCUUCCAGGAAGGUGUAUGAGCGAGACGAGAACUUCUUCGAUAUCGGGAUCCUGAGUUCAUGCCUAACGUCGCCCACAAGUUCCUCUACUGUUGGAACUCGCCUGACAAGUCUGACUCUGACAGGAAUGUGGCUAUCUCACGAAGGGUUCACUAAUCUCCUCCGGUCCUCCCCCACUCUUCGCAAGCUGGCUCUUUCCAAAGUGUCAAUCGUUCAUUACAUGGAUGAGUUCGACAUCUUUAGAGACUCAUCCGUCACGUCUCUUCACGCAUCCCUUGAAGAAAUAUGCAUGCCAGAUCCUAGAGCUUUCUUGGUGCCCUCUUUACUGCAUCAGUUUUCUCGUCUGGAGGAAUGGCACCUCACAUCCGUCGACCGAUGUAAGACCUGGGGCAACGACCCUGAAUUUCGUCGCGAGCUCCGAGAAUGCUGCCCUCGUCUCAAGACUCUCCGGUUCGACCAGGUUGGCAACACCGACAAGCUGUCCGAUCUCCUUCUGGAUUCAUUUAUAGAGCCCGAAUCUUGCACUUUCUCGGCCAAGAACCUCUCCAACUCGAUGGUCCUCAGUCUGAUCUCCCAUCUCGAUACCCUUACCACGAUCAUCAUCACUGACAAGUGCACUGAUGCCGCGGCGAUACGAUGGCUGUACCUGAUCCCCAAGUCCUGCUUGCGUCUCAAGGUGCUGUCGAUGCGAGACCUUAUUCUGGACAUGGAGACUGUCAAGGAGCACGAAUGGCGUUGUGAGGAACUGACAGAGCUGCAUGUACGAUUCAAACGUCUUGAGGAUGCUCAACUCAUCGAUGGAUGCAUCAAGGAUAUAUGUAACCGACGACAGCUGCGAAGACGCUCCCCCCAAGAUUACAUGUCGUCCCAGGUCUCGAAUCACUUGUUCGGGUUCAUCAUGUUGACGACGGUUAGCCUCGGUAGCAAGGUCUACUCCCUCAGCCCCUUCAGAGAGUAG